AUGAGCGCUCUUGAUUGGGCAGCCUUGCCCAGCCUUAUAUACUUCGCGACUUCUCCAUCUACAGGGACGCGCGAUGCGACGACAAUCUUCUCGCCAGAAGGCCGGUUAUACCAGGUUGAAUAUGCCCUCGAGGCCAUCUCACAUGCCGGCACUGCUCUUGGAAUAUUAGCGCAGGAUGGCAUUGUGUUGGCUGCGGAGAGGAAGGUCACAAGCAAGUUGUUGGAGCAAGAUACAUCGGCAGAGAAGCUGUACAUCCUGAACGACAACAUGAUCUGCGCCGUCGCCGGGAUGACCGCCGAUGCCAAUAUCCUCAUCAACUACGCUCGACAAGCCGCCCAGCGAUAUCUCCUCACAUACGAUGUCGACAUUCCUUGUGAACAGCUCGUACGGCGCUUGUGUGAUCUGAAGCAAGGCUACACUCAACACGGUGGUCUACGGCCAUUCGGUGUCUCAUUCAUCUAUGCUGGCUGGGACGCCCAGAGACAGUUUCAGCUAUAUCAGAGCAACCCCAGCGGAAACUACGGAGGGUGGAAAGCGACAAGUGUUGGUGCGAACAAUGCAUCAGCCCAGAGUCUACUCAAGCAGGACUAUAAGGAAGACUGCGAUCUGAAGGAGGCCUGUGGUAUGGCAGUCAAAGUGUUGAGUAAGACAAUGGACAGCACUACCUUGAGUAGCGAGAAGAUUGAAUUCGCGACGGUUGGCAAGACUAAGGAGGGAAAGAUCUACCAUCAUCUCUGGAGCGGCGAAGAGAUCAUGGCGCUGCUUCGGGAACAUGGCCUGGCCAAAGAGGAAGAGGCCGACAGUGGUUGA